AUGCACACAACUUUCUUUAGUUUUCUUCAUCGCCAUAUCGACGUCGUCGUCACCAGCGUCGCCACCUGCCUCCGCCAAUCGCAACCUCUGCCUAUCACAACCUCCGACCUGCACAUAAAAGUAGAUUUGAGGAAAGGGAAAGCUGAAGCUAAAGGUGUAAAGGAGGAGUUGCAUUACAAAACCAAACAAUUGAAGCGAUUCAAGAAGAAGAGGAAAUUAAGCUAA